AUGUCUGCCCGCCUUGAACAAGUCUCGCAGCAUCUGAGCAACGCGUACGGCCGUGGCCUGCUUGCAGGCGAGGUCGCCAUCGUCACCGGUGAGUGCCACGGUAUUGGAAGGAGCAUAGCGCUCUUGUUUGCGAAAGAAGGCGCAAAGGUCGUCAUCAGCGACAUUGACGCGAAGAAACUCGAGACGGUCGAGGGCGAAAUCAAGGCCGCGGGUGGCGAGGCACUUAGUGUGGCAGGCGAUGUCGGCGCUGACGACUUCCCGAAGCGCAUUGUGGACGCGACUGUCUCGAAAUACGGCAAGAUCAACCACAUCGUGAACAAUGCUGGCUUCACAUUCGACAAGAUGCUGCAUACGACGCCCGACGAGACAUGGGAUAUCAUCAUGAAGAUACAUGUCCGAGCGCCGUUCCGCCUUAUUCGCCAGGCGGCGCCGUAUUUCCGCCUCAAGCCCGAAGCACGCGAGAAUCGUUCGAUUAUCAACGUGUCGUCAACGUCGGGGCUGCACGGGAACGUCGGGCAGGCGAACUACGCCGCAGCCAAAGCCGCGAUCCCCGGUCUCACCAAAACCAUCGCAAAGGAGUGGGGCCCGUAUGGUGUGCGAGCCAACACGAUUGCGUUCGGCCUCAUCCACACCCGGCUGACUGCGGCGAAAGAGGCAGGUGCGACGAUGGUGAUUGACGGCAAGGAGGUUGCGCUCGGUGUGCCCGGCGCGAAGCCCGAAGAGACGGCCGCGAAGAACCCGCUCAUCCCGCUCCGGCGGGGCGGGACGCCCGAUGAGGCGGCGAGCGCGGUGCUCUUCUUGGCGAGCCCGCUCGCGUCGUAUGUGACGGGGCAUACACUGGAGGUCACCGGUGGUGCGGGAAUUUGA